AUGUCUGGACCUGACAAAGAUCUGACGGACAAGCUGGUCAACCGCCGCGGGCUGGUGGGCGGCAAUGAGGCCGACGACGACGACACGACGCAGGAGCUCGACGCCAUCGGCGCCAAGGAGGACAAGACCACCCUCAGCCAGAAGCGGCUCAAGGAGGACGACGAGAAGGCCAACAAGCUCGGCAACACCGUCUUCGAGCACGCCAAGAAGAAGUUUGGCAGCGCCGACACCGGCGACGACAACAGCCUCAGGGACGACAGCGAGUGGAACGACUGA